AUGAUGAGUAUGAUGAAAGAACUAAAGGCUGACAAAGAAGGUGGCAGGGAAGGAAAGGAGCUAUGGUGCACCGACUGCAAGACGAAAGGACACACUAAGGGGAGUUGUCCCCACAAGGCCUUUUGUGACACCUGCCAAGUAAUGGGACAUUCCAUUAAGGAAUGCACGUACAACUUGAAAACACUGAGCACACAAGUGCUCUUCGCCCAACCCGACCAAGUCACACCGCCAGCGACACUUCCGAAGCCGGCAGCAAACUCUAACGCCUCUCCUGGAGGGUAUAGAAACAAUCGGCAAGGUAACAACAGAUCCAAUAAUAACACACCAAGGAGUAGAAUUCAAUACAACGCAAAGGGACGACCCAUGAUUCAAUGCAGAAAGUGCAACGAAUGGAGUCACUUUGCGCGGGAAUGUCAAAACGGGGGUGACGCAGAAAGUUUGUUGUGCAAAUGGUGCGUUCCAAGGAAUCAUGAGGACAUAGACUGUCCAAGGCAAAAAGGGGUGAAUAUGCUGGAGGUGGAAGGACCGAGGGAAGGCGUAUUAGCAAUCACAAGAUUGCAAAACAAAACAGCCAUGUAUCCUGACCCUUGCACGGAGAAGGAAAGACUCUAG